GAGGGAGGAGGAACUGGAGGAAAAAAAGUUAAAGUAAAAAUGGCUUCCUUGUCUUUGGAGUCUGCAGUACAAACAGAGAAUAGCCCGGAGGAGCCCACAAUAGCGGAGCUGAAACAGGAGACGGAUCCGGACCAAGUGUCGGAACAACUGCUCCAAACUUUCCAAAAGUCGGCUCUGAGUUUUUCCACUGACCAAGUGUCAUGUCUCUGCGAGGCCCUUCUGCAGGCGGGCAAUGUGGAUCGCCUGUGGAGAUUUCUCUCCACCAUACCUUCCUCGGCCGAGCUGCUACGUGGCAACGAGACCCUGCUCAAGGCCCAGGCAUUAGUGGCUUUCCACCGGGAGGAAUUCAAGGAGCUGUACGCGAUCCUGGAGAGCCACGACUUCCACCCGUCUAACCAUGGGUUCCUGCAGGACCUCUACCUGCAAGCCCGCUACAAGGAGGCGGAGAGGUCCCGGGGCCGCAGCCUGGGCGCCGUGGACAAAUACCGGCUGAGGAAGAAGUUCCCUCUGCCCAAAACAAUCUGGGACGGAGAGGAGACCGUGUACUGCUUCAAGGAGAAGUCCCGCAAUGCCCUGAAAGAGUGUUACAAGAGCAACAGGUACCCCACUCCGGACGAGAAGAAAAAUCUGGCCAAAGUUACUGGACUGUCUCUCACUCAGGUCAGCAACUGGUUCAAGAACCGCAGGCAGAGAGACCGGACCCCGUCCGGGACCCACAGCAAGAGUGAGUCUGAUGGCAACCACAGCACAGAAGAUGAAGCGAGUAACAUGGAUGACACCUCUGACAAGCCCGAGGAAGUGGCUGGCUCAACAACUCCCAUCAUCUCUCUCUCUGGAGUCCCCUGCAGCACAGGAGGCCAGCUCAUCAUCAAUGGAUCCAGUGGUUUCCUCACAGCCUCCCAGCCAUUACUACUUAAUGGGAGUUCUCUUAUCUCCAGUACUGGUGCUGGUGUCAUAAUCAAUGGGCUAACUCUGGGUGAUGGCCAGACAGUCACACUGAGUCCUGUUGCAGCCAACUCUCCUUUGAUCCUCAAUGGGGCUCAGGUUAUAGCCAAACCCAGUAUCAGUGUGCAACAGCAGCCGCAGCAAACAAUAUCUGUUGCAGAGCAGGGGGUUUCAGCCAUGGAGGCUAAGUCAAGCAGUCUCCCAACAGUGGUUCUGAGCACCAACAACACGCCCGUCUCAAACCCUUCAUCAAAGAUCUCUCUUCCUCUGGAAGCCAAGACAGACAGUGGCAAUGGGACGACCCCUGCCCUGGAUUUCAUCAGUGUCCCAGAGGGAAUGGCAGUUAAAUCAGAGGGCAGAGAUCAGACAGCAUCUCCCUCUUCUUCGUCGUUAUCCCCUUCUUCAUCAGCUUUGUCCUCCCCCACAUCUCUCUCUUCGCUAGUCUUAACACAAAACACCCAACUGCAGGAGCCCCUCACCCUCCCAGCAUCUUUGUCCUCUAGUGGGGUGGUCAUCUCCAGUUCUGUUGUUUCUCUCCCCAGCCAGCAAGGGGAGUAUAUUGUGUGUGCCACUGCUGGAUCCCAGUUAACCCCUUCUAGCUCCAUCUGCCAGGUGGUGUCCUCCAGCCACUCCACUCCUCAGGUCUUCUCUCUGCCCCAGGUUGUGCCCUCCAUCCAAGGUAUACCAGUGUCCCAGUUGGUCCAGCACUCUUCCGGAGCCCAGGUGUCCCAGGGCCCUCAAUUAGUCCCUGUAUCACCUCUCACUUCUCCACUACCCCAAGCCACGAUUCCUCACUUCCAAAGCCCCCAGACUAUAAACACAGGGCACAGACUGGCACAACGGCUCCCUCAACAACAACAGCAGCAGCAGCAGCAGCAGCAGCAGCAGCAGAAUGGGUCCACAACUAUGGCUGAAGGUGCCACCACCAUAGUCUCUGUCUCCCAGCUCCCCAGUGGCCAGCUCCCGCAGGGACUGACACUUCAACUGGGGGACCAAACCACCACCAGCACCCCCUCUGUCAACCAAAUCCCGACGCCACAAGUUAUACCCAUCUCCUCCCCAACACAGGUGGUUCCAGUCCCUCAGUCCAAAGACUCGGCUCCACCACAGUUAGUUUCCCUCUCCGUACCGCAACUGGUCCCAGUCUCCUCCAUCCAGACGUCUUCCACCCUCUCUUUCCCCCAGGUGGUCCCUGCCACUCCUUCUCUCUCCAUCCCCUCUGCUGGAUUGCCCUUACAGAUCCUGAGCUCCCCUCCUGGGCCUGCAGGAGUCACACAGGGCCCUUUUAGGAUAAACCAGUUGAGGCCUAUUCAGAGUGUUGGACCCCCAACCAGCGUAGCCCCUGGUGUGCAGCUCCUCAACUCUGGGGUGAUUCAACUCCCCUCUGGCCCUCCAGGUAACCUACUCCUAGGUGGAAGUCCCUACCUGAGUGUCCAGCAAGGCAAGUUGAUACUCACCAUACCAGCAAGCAUCCAGCUGACUAGCCUGCCCCUCAAACCAGUCCCUGAGGCUUCUCCGGCCUCUACCAAUGGUGUGGGCCCCAUUCUCACCCCUCCUGCUGCCUCCCAGCCGGCAACCACCACAGGCUCAACUUCCAGCACCCUUACAUCAUCUCCCCUCAGCUUCAUCAACUCUUCCCCCCUAUACUGUACUCCAGAGACUGGGAUUGCAACCAGCCAGACACCCACUGUUCCCUCCCCUCAUGCCUUGGACCAUUCGGUAACCUCCACACCGCUCAACACCCUCACUCCAGAGAGCAUGCUUUCCUUCAGUCCCAUGUGCAGCGGAGUGACACCCAAUAUCCAACUGUCCCAGCCUGCCUGGAGCCCCGUUCCCCUCUCUACGUCAGCUAGUCUAACUCUUUUUGAUGUCCGCGGAAAGGGGGACCUCCCUGAGGACCCAGCUUUGUUAGGCCUACCUGGAGGGGAGUCCCUGCUCCUUGGAAGCCCCUCCCCAGAGCAGGACGUGGAGGCUAGGUCACCGCUUGGCGAUCCAGAGGAGAUGGACGGGGACUCCAAGAUUCUUACUCAGCUCCAGUCUGUUCCUGUAGACGAUGAGCUUGGCCUGUAGUCUGAGUCCCUUGCUGGCCCCCACCUGUCUGAAAACAAAAGUCAAAGGAUACAGACUACAGUGUUUGUUUUUGGCAAUUUGGCUUUCUUGUAAGACCUAGAUGCCUCACUUAAUUACUUGCAUGAAGAUAUG